GCAAUGCACGUCUGAACACUCCAAUCCCCACCACCAUCCAUUCCACAACCCCAACACCGUAAACAACCAAGCCAAGCAUAAGAUAGAGACCAAGGAAGCAUGGGAGGAAACGAGGAGGAGAAGGCAGAGGGUCCUGUCCCCAAGAAGCAACGCGUCGAAGAGCCCCAUGAUUUCUCACGGCUUCCAGAUGAGUUGAAGAAUGUGGAUUUUUCGCGGCCCAUUCGAUGGGGCAAGUGUUUCCCAUACAUUUCCGACAAUGAUAAUACUCCGGCACCCCCUGUUUCGACCGUUCCCGUGGACACCCCUCCCGUCUUUGACGAUUCCUCUCCGGCGCUGUGCCAUUACAUACACGCCGUGAGUGGCCGUGCUCGAGCCUGUACGAUUCACUUGAAGCCUCACAAGGGUCAAACCACCAGGCCCGUGCCAACUCCCAUUUUCAUGCCCGUCGGUACCAAGGGAUGUCUCAAGGGUCUUUCCAUGCACGAACUCACCACUGAUCCGGCCCUAUCGUGUCCCAUUAUUCUGGCCAAUACGUAUCAUAUGGCACUCCAACCCGGCACGGAAUUAUUGGAUGAAUUUGGCGGACUUCAUUGUUUCAUGGGAAAUAAUAUUAACAAUGAGACAAGCAAGGAAUACAAUUUCAAUCUACUGACCGAUUCGGGCGGAUUUCAAAUGGUAUCCUUGGCCAAGUUGUCGCAAGUCACUGAGGAGGGAGUGACCUUUGAGAAUCCAUUUCUGCACCCCCAAAAAGGAGAUCACGGCAAGCGAUAUUAUGGCAAGAAAAAUUCGACAACAACGACAAUUCAAGAUGAAGCACCUACAGAUGAUACUAAUGUUUCAGAGGAGGACAACAACAACAAAGAUAAACGAAUGAUGCUACUCAAACCAGAAGAUUCGAUAAGGUAUCAAAAUGAGAUUGGAGCCAAUAUCAUCAUGGCACUGGACGAUGUUGUUUCCAGUGUCGAAGUCGAUGCGGAUCGUUUUGAAAUGGCCACAUACCGGACGUUGCGAUGGUACGAUCGCUGCUUGCAGGCGCAUCAAAAGUCCCACUGUCAAAACCUCUUUCCCAUUGUCCAAGGAGGCUUGGAUACAUCGCCGGGUGGAUUGCGCGAACGGUGUUUGGCGGGAUUUCGACGACGCGAAUUGGACGGCAUUGCCAAUGCACCGGGAUAUGCCAUUGGUGGAUUGGCCGGUGGAGAAUCCAAAGAUGAUUUUUGGAGAGUGGUGGAUCAAUGCUGCAAGGCAUUACCCGACAACAAACCGCGCUAUUUGAUGGGUGUGGGAUAUCCACUCGAUCUCGUCGUUUGUUCGGCACUGGGAGUGGACAUGUACGAUUGUGUCUAUCCGACACGAACCGCUCGAUUUGGAGUGGCGUUGGUUCCGGGUCCGACGCCAGGGACGUUGCGGCUCAAGAGUCAUGACUGUGCCACUGACCAUAACGUCCUGCAAGAAGGAUGUCCCUGUCAAGCUUGUGCUGGUGUCCACAAAGUAUCGCGGGCUCGACUGCAUCGCUUACUCAAGACGGAGCAUCCGCUGGCCAUUCAACUGCUGACGCAGCAUAACAUUGCCUACAUGAUGUCGUUGGUGCGGCAAAUGCGACAAGCCAUACUGCAAGACAAAUUUGAUGCCUUUGCACGGGACUUUGUCCACGAUCAGUUUCGUGGCGGGGCCGAAAAGAAUAAUAGUGGAGGUCAAGACAUUCCAGUGUGGGUAAGGGAAGCGCUAGCGGCGGCGGGGAUUGAUGUUUGAUACCAAUAGUACAAGAGCACAAACAAGCAAAAAGUGGGUACUUUCAGAGCACUGCUACACCACACAUACAGAUGCCGCCUACGCAGUCACUGGCCUCUGGUGGUGGAUUGUUUUCUGUCAUAGGCUGCGUCCUAGUUGCAAUCUACUGUUCUAUUCUUAUCUUGAAACCUAGCUGGUGGUAGCUAUCAGGUUGUAGUGGGCGCUGCUGUUGGCACUUUCCUGAAAGUGCAAAGCGACGAAAACUCUGAUGGAAAGGGUCGCCGGCGUUGAUUGACUUCAGUGGCUGUCUUGAAGAGGACCUUCUGCCUCCACAGGCUCCGUGUCCUUGGAUUUCUCUUACUUUCCGUCUUCACUUUCUGUCAUGGUGUCCUUUUCGGCCAAGGUUUCCUCGUCAUCCACAUCAAGGCCAAUCGCCCACUUUCGUCUUGGCGGCAUACCGUUGGUAUUCUCGUCAUCAUCGCUAUCAUUAUCAGUGCCCAUACAAACGUCCCUCCAUUGGAGGUCUUCUACAGCACAAGGCAAGAGGUAGCCUUCGGUUCCUUCCGGCUCCAUUUCCUCGGUCAGGUCAGCUCCCAAAAAGGGAACUCCAUCAAAAGGUUGCUCCUCGCAAAUCAUUUCAAAGAAGCCACGGUACUCAAAGGAGAUAUGAGACCCGUCGCUAGCAGUCCAACGCCACUGUUGCUGCCUUCAGCUGGCUGCUCUCGAUCCCAAGCAGUCAAAAACCGGAACCAAAGAUCCAAGCUGAGGGCAGGGCUGUACCGGUAGCCAAAAGACGCAAAGAAUAUCUCUGCAAGCUGGGAUUGCUGCUUUCGUCAUCAAGCAAGAUCAAGACCGCAACAAGUGAAUACUCUUGUCACAGGUGGCUGGCAAAAAAAGCUGAGACUAGCUAGCUAGCAAUAUGUAGCCAGCAUUGAGCGGCCGAAACCUCUACGAGCGUCCUGGUACACUUUCUACAAGAAAACCGGAACAAAAGAUCGUACACCUACGUAGCGGAUAAGAAGCCAAAGGUCGGUUCUCUCCUCUUCCCUUCUGCUCUCCCUCGCCACCUCUUCCUCAAACCAAACAAGAGAAGCUGCGCUCUACGGAAACACUGGUAGACCUCCUACGAGAAAACCGGAACAAAAGAUCUGGUCCACUUUCGUUGUCAGGCCAGGCAGGCAUUGAGAGUUCUCUCGAACAACAACAACUUGGCAGAAGGAUCUAGCUAAAUAGCUGGAUGCAACAAAACCCUGCUGGCUGGUACGACAGAUCAGUACCUGAACCUACAACAAAACAGGAACAAAAGAUCUCUGUAGGCCUCUACGCCGAGUGAUUACUGGAAGCGCCUCAAAUCCAAAAGAAGAAAGCUACGAUUACGUAGAGCACCGUUCA